UCCUCUCGUCUCUAUGGUAGCAACUGCCUCGGAGACUGCCGCGACUGGGGCGGCGGUGUUGAAGAAGAGUGAGUCUUGCAACUUUCCUGCUGAUCUGGGAGGUACUGGGCGCAGAGGGUCGCGAUGUCAGAGAAAAAGCAGCCGGUAGACUUGGGUCUCUUAGAGGAGGACGACGAGUUCGAGGAGUUCCCUGCCGAAGACUGGGCUGGCUUGGAUGAAGAUGAAGAUGCACAUGUCUGGGAGGAUAAUUGGGAUGAUGACAAUGUAGAGGAUGACUUCUCAAAUCAGUUACGAGCUGAACUAGAGAAACAUGGUUAUAAGAUGGAGACUUCGUAGCAUCCAGAAGAAGUGUCAAAGUAACGUAACCAUGAACUGUUCAUUAAAUUCUAGGACAGAGAACCCAGGAUGGGACCCAAAAAAAUAUGUUUAUUUCAUUAUCUGCUUGGAUUUAUUUUUGUUUUUGUAACACAGAAAAUAAAUGUUUUGAUCUAA